GAUCAGUUUUAUUACAACAUACCAGUAUAUCACUUCUUUUUAUCUUUCAGUCUGCACAAGGUGGUGGUCAUCGAACACUACUCUACGGGCAUGCAAUCUUGCUGCGCCAUUCCUACAGCGGCAUGUAUCUGUGCUGCCUCUCUACAUCUCGAUCGUCAAUGGAUAAGCUGGCAUUUGAUGUAGGAUUGCAAGAGGACACAACAGGUGAGGCAUGCUGGUGGACCAUCCAUCCUGCUUCCAAGCAACGAUCAGAAGGAGAAAAAGUGCGUGUUGGAGAUGAUCUUAUUUUAGUCAGUGUCUCUUCAGAAAGAUAUUUGCAUCUCUCUUAUGGCAAUGGUAGCUUACACGUUGAUGCAGCCUUCCAGCAGACACUCUGGAGUGUAGCACCAAUCAGUUCAGGAAGUGAAGUUGCCCAAGGAUAUCUGAUAGGAGGGGAUGUUCUGAGGUUGUUGCAUGGCCACAUGGAUGAAUGUUUGACAGUCCCUUCAGGUGAACAUGGAGAAGAACAAAGAAGGACUGUCCAUUAUGAAGGUGGAGCUGUGUCUAUUCAUGCUCGUUCCCUUUGGCGACUAGAGACUCUAAGAGUUGCGUGGAGUGGCAGCCACAUUAGAUGGGGACAGCCAUUCAGACUAAGACACAUAACAACAGGAAAAUAUCUAAGUCUCCUGGAUGACAACAGUCUUCUUCUUACAGAAAAAGAGAAAGCAGAUGUAAAGUCUACAGCAUUCUGUCUUCGGUCUUCCAAGGAAAAGUUGGACAUAGGUACAAGAAAAGAGGUGGAUGGAAUGGGAGCACCUGAAAUAAAAUAUGGGGAUUCAAUAUGCUUUAUACAACACGUAGAUACAGGCUUAUGGCUCACGUACCAGUCUGCUGAUGCAAAGUCUGUGAGAAUGGGCUCUGUGCAGCGGAAGGCAAUAAUGCACCAUGAAGGUCACAUGGAUGAUGGUUUAACAUUAUCCAGAUCUCAGAAUGAAGAAUCCCGUACAGCACGUGUUAUCCGUAGUACAGUCUUCCUCUUCAACAGGUUUAUAAGGGGCCUUGAUGCUCUCAGCAAGAAGGUGAAGUCUUCCACCAUCGAUUUGCCUAUUGAGUCAGUCAGUCUGAGCCUUCAGGACUUGAUUGGCUACUUUCACCCCCCUGAUGAACAUUUGGAGCAUGAAGACAAACAAAACAGGCUCCGAGCACUGAAGAAUCGACAGAACCUCUUCCAGGAAGAGGGCAUGAUCAACCUUGUUCUUGAAUGUAUUGAUCGCUUGAAUGUAUACAGCAGUGCAGCUCAUUUUGCAGACGUAGCUGGAAAGGAAGCUGGAGAAGCAUGGAAAUCUAUUCUGAAUUCUUUGUAUGAAUUACUAGCGGCUCUCAUUCGAGGGAAUCGUAAAAACUGUGCUCAGUUUUCUGGAUCUCUUGAUUGGUUGAUCAGCAGAUUAGAAAGACUGGAAGCCUCUUCUGGAAUCCUGGAGGUUUUACACUGUGUGUUGGUGGAAAGUCCAGAAGCUCUAAACAUUAUUAAGGAAGGACAUAUUAAGUCAAUCAUCUGUCUUUUGGACAAACAUGGAAGAAACCAUAAGGUUUUGGAUGUUCUAUGUUCUCUCUGUGUUUGUCAUGGAGUAGCUGUGCGGUCUAAUCAACAUCUAAUCUGUGAUAAUCUCCUGCCAGGAAGAGACCUGCUCUUACAGACACGACUCGUCAACCAUGUGAGCAGCAUGCGACCCAACAUCUUCUUGGGAAUUAGUGAAGGCUCUGCCCAAUACAGAAAAUGGUACUAUGAACUUAUGGUGGACUAUCUAGAGCCCUUUGUGACUGCAGAAUCAACUCAUCUACGAGUGGGCUGGGCUUCAACAGAGGGCUACUCACCUUAUCCAGGGGGAGGAGCAGAAUGGGGAGGAAAUGGUGUUGGUGAUGACUUGUAUUCCUAUGGCUUCGAUGGUCUGCAUCUGUGGUCAGGUUGUGUAGCACGAACAGUAAAUUCUCCCAACCAACACCUGUUAAGAACUGACGACGUUAUUAGCUGCUGUUUGGACCUCAGUGCUCCCAGCAUCUCCUUCCGGAUAAAUGGUCAGCCAGUCCAAGGAAUGUUUGAGAAUUUCAACAUAGAUGGCCUCUUCUUCCCAGUUGUCAGCUUUUCUGCAGGAAUAAAGGUACGUUUCUUGCUUGGAGGUCGCCAUGGAGAGUUCAAAUUCCUUCCUCCACCUGGAUACGCCCCUUGCUUUGAAGCUGUGCUACCGAAAGAGAAGCUGAAAGUGGAGCAGAGCCGAGAGUACAAGCAGGAUCGUAGCUAUACAAGAGAUCUACUGGGUCCCACUGUCUCUCUGUCACAAGCAGCUUUCACUCCAGUUCCUGUGGACACUAGCCAGAUUGUUUUGCCUCCCCACCUGGAAAGGAUUAGAGAAAAAUUAGCAGAGAACAUCCAUGAACUUUGGGUUAUGAAUAAGAUUGAACUUGGCUGGCAGUAUGGACCAAUUAGAGAUGACAACAAGAGACAACACCCAUGCUUAGUGGAAUUCUCAAAACUGCCAGAGCAGGAAAGAAAUUAUAACUUGCAAAUGUCACUUGAAACUCUGAAAACCCUGCUGGCAUUAGGCUGCCAUGUUGGAAUUGCUGAUGAACACGCUGAAGAAAAAGUGAAAAAAAUGAAACUUCCAAAGAACUAUCAGUUGUUGAGUGGAUAUAAGCCUGCUCCCAUGGAUCUGAGUUUUAUCAAACUGACCCCCUCCCAAGAAGCGAUGGUGGAUAAACUAGCUGAGAAUGCUCACAAUGUGUGGGCAAGGGACCGUAUAAGGCAAGGCUGGACAUAUGGUAUCCAGCAGGACGUGAAGAAUCGACGAAAUCCUCGCCUCGUGCCUUAUGCUCUUUUGGAUGAUCGGACAAAGAAGUCAAACAAAGACAGUCUUCGGGAAGCGGUCCGCACCCUUCUGGGCUAUGGCUACCACCUGGAAGCUCCUGAUCAAGAUCAUGCGAUGAGACUGGAUGUGUGCAGUGGGAUGAUGGAAAAAUUCAGGAUCUUCCGCACAGAAAAGACUUACGCAGUGAAGGCUGGGAAGUGGUACUUUGAGUUUGAGGCAGUUACUGCAGGAGACAUGAGAGUUGGGUGGACCAGGCCAGGCUGUCUGCCAGAUCAGGAGCUUGGCUCAGAUGAAGAAGCUUUUGUUUUUGAUGGCUUUAAGGCACAGCGGUGGCAUCAAGGCAAUGAGCAUUUUGGCCGCUCUUGGUUGGCAGGAGAUGUUGUUGGAUGCAUGGUUGAUAUGAAUGAGCACACUAUGAUGUUCACAUUAAAUGGUGAAAUCCUGCUUGAUGACUCAGGUUCAGAACUUGCGUUCAAGGACUUUGAGGUUGGUGACGGAUUUCUACCUGUGUGCAGCCUGGGCCCAUCUCAAGUGGGAAGAAUGAACUUUGGAAAAGAUGUCAGCACUCUAAAAUAUUUCACUAUCUGUGGCUUACAGGAAGGGUAUGAACCCUUCGCUGUUAAUACAAACAGAGACAUCACCAUUUGGCUGAGUAAAAGGCUCCCUCAGUUUCUACCAGUACCACAAAAUCAUGAACAUAUUGAGGUGUUGAGAAUUGAUGGCACCAUAGACAGCUGCCCCUGCCUGAAGGUCACACAGAAGUCCUUUGGUUCUCAGAACAGUAAAACAGACGUCAUGUUUUUUCGAUUAAGCAUGCCCAUUGAAUGCGCUGAGGUCUUCUCCAGAUCAGCUGCAGGAGGGUUACCAGGCUCUGGUCUUUUUGGCCCGAAGAGUGACUUGGAAGAUUAUGAUGCUGAUUCUGAUUUUGAGGUUCUAAUGAAAACUGCUCAUGGUCAUCUAGUUCCUGACCGGACAGAAAGAGAAAAAGAUGCUACAAAACCAGAGUUGAACAACCAUAAAGAUUAUGUCCAAGAAAAGCCUUCACGUCUUAAACAAAGGUUUAUGCUGAGGAGAACAAAGCCAGAUUAUAGCAUGAGUCACUCUGCACGGCUUACUGAGGAUGUGCUAGCAGAUGAUAGAGAUGACUAUGAUUAUUUGAUGCAAACUUCCACGUACUAUUACUCAGUGAGAAUAUUUCCUGGUCAAGAGCCUGCUAAUGUCUGGGUGGGCUGGAUUACCUCGGACUUUCACCAGUAUGACACAAGCUUUGACUUGGACAGAGUGCGUACUGUUACAGUUACACUGGGAGAUGAAAAAGGGAAGGUUCAUGAGAGUAUAAAACGCAGCAACUGCUAUAUGGUGUGCGCAGGAGAGAGCAUGAGCCCUGGACAAGGACGUAAUAAUAAUGGUCUGGAGAUUGGUUGCUUGGUCGAUGCUGCAAGUGGCCUGCUGACCUUCACAGCUAAUGGCAAGGAACUAGGCACGUACUAUCAGGUUGAACCAAGUACAAAGUUAUUUCCUGCUGUAUUUGCUCAAGCUACAAGCCCAAACAUUUUCCAGUUUGAAUUGGGAAGAAUAAAGAAUGUAAUGCCAUUAUCUGCUGGCCUAUUCAAAAGUGAACACAAAAACCCAGUCUCUCAAUGUCCUCCACGUCUCCAUGUACAAUUUUUGACUCAUGUGCUUUGGAGCAGAGUGCCCAACCACUUCUUGAAGGCUGAUGUCUCUCGGAUCAGUGAGCGCCAAGGCUGGAUGAUACAGUGCCUGAAUCCUUUGCAGUUCAUGGCACUUCAUAUUCCUGAAGAAAACAGGACAAUUGAUAUUUUAGAGCUGACGGAACAAGAAGAAUUGCUGAAAUUUCACUACCACACCCUCCGCUUAUAUUCAGCUGUUUGUGCUUUAGGUAACAACCGAGUGGCCCAUGCUAUGUGUAGCCAUGUGGAUGAAUCUCAGCUCCUGUAUGCCAUUGAGAAUAAAUAUAUGCCAGGAUUAUUACGUGCAGGUUAUUAUGACUUACUCAUUGACAUCCAUCUCAAUACCUAUGCAACUGCCAGGCUAAUGAUGAAUAAUGAAUUUAUAGUUCCAAUGACAGAUGAGACCAAGAGUAUUACUUUGUUUCCUGAUGAAAACAAAAAACAUGGCCUCCCUGGUAUAGGACUUAGCACUUCAUUAAGGCCAAGAAUGCAAUUCUCAUCUCCAAGUUUUGUAAGCAUCAGCAGUGAAUGCUUUCAGUUCAGUCCUGAAUUCCCUCUGGAAAUCUUAAAGGCCAAAACCAUUGAGAUGCUGACUGAAGCUGUUCAGGAGGGCAGCCUCCAUGUCAGAGAUCCAGUUGGAGGUUCUACAGAAUUUCUGUUUGUUCCUCUCAUCAAGCUCUUUUAUACCCUCCUAAUUAUGGGAAUCUUCAACAAUGGAGAUCUGAAACACAUCUUGCAGUUGAUUGAGCCCCGGGUUUUCAAAGAAGCAAUGAUCCAGGAGGAUGAAAUUGAUUUCUCUGAGAAGGAGAUGAGUUCAGAUGAGCUCAAGUCAGAAGAAGGAGAGGAAGAAACCAGAGGGGAAAAAGUGCCAAAGGAAGGACUUCUUCAGAUGAAACUUCCAGAACCUGUUAAAUUGCAGAUGUGUCAUCUACUCCAGUAUCUGUGUGAUUGUCAAGUACGACACCGAAUAGAAGCCAUUGUAGCAUUUUCAGAUGAUUUUGUGGCCAAGCUUCAAGAGAAUCAGCGCUUCCGGUACAAUGAAGUGAUGCAGGCCUUGAACAUGUCUGCUGCCCUGACAGCUAGAAAAACAAAAGAAUUUCGAUCCCCACCUCAGGAACAGAUUAACAUGCUCCUGAACUUCAAAGAUGACAAAAAUGAUUGUCCUUGCCCUGAAGAAAUUCGGGAUCAGCUCCUGUAUUUCCAUGAAGACCUAAUGACACACUGUGGAAUUGAACUAGAUGAAGAUGGAACCUUGGAUGGAAGCAGCGAUUUAACCAUUAGGGGUCGUCUCUUAUACCUUAUGGAAAAAGUUACCUAUCUGAAGAAAAAGCAAGCUGAGAAGCCCAUUGAUGAUGAUACUAAGACAUCCUCUACUCUUCAGCAGUUGAUUUCAGACACCAUGGUACGCUGGGCCCAGGAAUCAGUGAUAGAAGACCCGGAGUUAGUGAGGGCCAUGUUCGUAUUGCUGCACCGCCAGUAUGAUGGUAUUGGUGGCCUGGUGCGAGCCCUACCAAAGACCUACACCAUAAAUAGUGUGUCUGUGGAAGACACAAUCAAUCUUCUGGCAUCCCUUGGCCAAAUCCGUUCCUUGCUUAGUGUCAGAAUGGGGAAGGAGGAAGAGAAACUUAUGAUUCGUGGAUUAGGAGACAUCAUGAAUAAUAAAGUAUUUUACCAACAUCCAAAUCUCAUGAGAGCUUUAGGCAUGCAUGAAACUGUCAUGGAAGUGAUGGUAAAUGUGCUUGGUGGAGGAGAAUCCAAGGAAAUCACUUUCCCAAAGAUGGUGGCAAACUGCUGUCGUUUUCUAUGCUAUUUUUGCCGCAUCAGCAGGCAGAAUCAAAAAGCCAUGUUUGAUCAUCUUAGCUAUUUAUUGGAAAACAGCAGUGUUGGCCUUGCCUCUCCUUCUAUGCGAGGAUCAACUCCUUUAGAUGUUGCAGCAGCCUCUGUGAUGGACAAUAAUGAACUUGCACUAGCUUUAAGGGAGCCUGAUCUGGAGAAGGUGGUUCGCUACUUGGCUGGAUGUGGAUUGCAGAGUUGUCUUUUGUUGAUAUCUAAAGGCUACCCAGACAUUGGAUGGAACCCAGUUGAAGGAGAGCGAUAUUUGGAUUUUCUUCGUUUUGCUGUGUUUUGCAAUGGAGAGAGUGUGGAGGAAAAUGCUAAUGUUGUAGUCAGACUGCUUAUCCGUCGACCCGAAUGUUUUGGUCCAGCUCUAAGAGGAGAAGGAGGCAAUGGGUUACUUGCUGCCAUGGAGGAAGCAAUACAAAUAUCAGAAGAUCCAACAAGAGAUGGACCUUCCCCAAGCAAUGGAUCUAGUAAAACCCUUGAAAUGGAAGAACAAGAAGAUGACACUAUUCACAUGGGAAAUGCAAUCAUGACCUUUUAUGCUGCUUUGAUUGAUCUCUUAGGACGCUGUGCCCCUGAAAUGCAUCUUAUCCAUGCUGGUAAAGGGGAAGCCAUUAGAAUCAGAUCAAUUCUACGGUCUUUGAUUCCACUAGAAGAUUUGGUAGGAGUAAUUAGUAUUCCUUUCCACAUGCCAACCAUAGCUAAAGAUGGUACUGUGGUGGAACCUGACAUGUCUGCGGGGUUUUGCCCAGAUCACAAGGCAGCCAUGGUUUUGUUCCUUGACAGGGUCUAUGGAAUUGAGGACCAAGAUUUUCUUCUACACCUUCUUGAAGUUGGCUUUCUGCCAGAUCUUCGUGCUGCUGCUUCUUUAGAUACAGCUGCUUUAAGUGCUACGGAUAUGGCUUUGGCUCUGAAUCGAUACCUUUGCACAGCAGUCUUGCCUCUGUUGACCAGAUGUGCUCCUCUUUUUGCUGGCACAGAGCACCAUGCUUCCCUCAUUGACUCCUUGUUGCAUACUGUGUACAGACUCUCAAAGGGAUGCUCUCUUACCAAAGCUCAGCGAGAUUCUAUUGAAGAGUGUUUGCUGUCUAUCUGUGGGCAGUUGCGGCCUUCCAUGAUGCAGCAUUUGCUAAGAAGAUUAGUAUUUGAUGUUCCUCUGUUAAAUGAACAUGCCAAGAUGCCUCUCAAGUUGCUGACAAAUCAUUAUGAACGAUGUUGGAAGUAUUAUUGUUUGCCAGGUGGAUGGGGUAACUUUGGUACUGCCUCAGAAGAAGAACUUCAUUUAUCCAGAAAGUUGUUCUGGGGUAUUUUUGAUGCUUUGUCUCAAAAGAAAUAUGACCAAGAACUAUUCAAAUUGGCUUUGCCUUGUUUGAGUGCAGUUGCAGGGGCCUUACCUCCAGACUACAUGGAAUCAAACUAUGUCAAUAUGAUGGAAAAACAGUCUUCAAUGGAUUCAGAUGGGAAUUUUAAUCCUCAACCUGUUGAUACAUCAAACAUUACAAUCCCUGAAAAGCUGGAAUAUUUUAUUAAUAAAUAUGCAGAACAUUCCCAUGACAAAUGGUCAAUGGAAAAGUUUGCCAAUGGAUGGACAUAUGGUGAAACAUAUUCUGAAUCUGCAAAGGUGCAACCGUUAAUGAAACAAUAUAAGUUACUGUCCGAAAAGGAGAAAGAAAUUUAUCGAUGGCCUAUCAAAGAAUCACUAAAAACUAUGCUGGCGUGGGGAUGGCGAAUCGAAAGGACACGGGAAGGAGAUUCCAUGGCACUCUAUAAUCGGACACGCCGCAUAUCUCAAACCAGUCAAAUCUCUGUAGAUACAGCCCAUGGCUACACUCCUCGAGCAAUUGACAUGAGCAAUGUCACCCUCUCCAGAGAUUUACAUGCUAUGGCUGAGAUGAUGGCUGAAAACUACCAUAACAUAUGGGCAAAGAAAAAGAAAAUGGAGCUUGAAGCAAAAGGAGGAGGCAACCAUCCUCUUCUUGUUCCAUAUGAUACGCUUACAGCCAAAGAAAAAGCCAAGGACAGAGAAAAAGCACAGGAUAUUCUGAAAUUUUUACAGAUUAAUGGAUAUGUGGUCUCCAGAGGACUUAAGGACUUAGAAUUAGACACACCUUCCAUUGAGAAACGCUUUGCCUACAGUUUCCUUCAGCAACUUAUAAGAUACGUGGAUGAAGCCCAUCAGUACAUUCUGGAGUUUGAUGGUGGCAGCAGAGGCAAAGGAGACCAUUUCCCAUAUGAACAAGAAAUCAAGUUUUUUGCCAAAGUUGUGCUCCCUUUGAUUGAUCAAUAUUUUAAAAAUCAUCGCCUGUAUUUCUUAUCUGCAGCAAGCAGGCCUCUCAGCAGUGGAGGCCAUGCCUCUAAUAAAGAGAAAGAAAUGGUGACAAGCCUGUUCUGCAAACUUGGAGUUCUUGUCAGGCAUAGGAUUUCACUGUUUGGAAAUGAUGCAACAUCAAUAGUCAACUGUCUUCAUAUACUGGGCCAGACCUUGGAUGCGAGGACUGUGAUGAAAACUGGUCUGGAAUCUGUUAAGAUGGCAUUGAGAGCAUUUUUGGACAAUGCUGCUGAGGAUCUGGAGAAAACAAUGGAAAACCUUAAGCAAGGCCAGUUUACACACAGCAGAAACCAGCCAAAGGGAGUUACACAAAUCAUUAAUUACACUACAGUUGCUCUCCUGCCAGUGCUAUCUUCAUUAUUUGAGCAUAUUGGACAACACCAGUUUGGCGAAGAUUUGAUAUUGGAAGAUGUUCAGGUCUCCUGCUACAGAAUAUUGGCCAGUUUAUAUGCUCUGGGAACCAGCAAGAGUAUCUAUGUAGAGCGGCAACGAUCAGCACUAGGAGAAUGUUUGGCCGCCUUCUCAGGUGCCUUUCCAGUGGCUUUUUUGGAAACUCAUUUGAACAAACAUAAUAUCUACUCAAUUUACAAUACCAAGAAUGCAAGAGACAGAGCAGUUCUCAAUUUGCCUGCCAGUGUAGAAGAGGUUUGUCCAAAUAUUCCUUCUUUGGUGAAGCUAAUGGAAGAAAUUGUGGAACUGGCAGAGUCUGGUAUUCGUUACACACAGAUGCCUCAUAUCAUGGAAGUGGUGCUGCCAAUGCUGUGUAGUUACAUGUCACACUGGUGGGAGCAUGGGCCAGAAAACAAUCCUGACAAGGCUGAGAUGUGUUGCACAGCCUUGACAUCAGAGCACAUGAACACUCUGUUGGGUAACAUAUUGAAAAUCAUCUAUAACAACCUUGGUAUUGAUGAAGGAGCCUGGAUGAAGAGAUUAGCAGUGUUUUCCCAGCCCAUCAUAAGCAAAGCGAAGCCACAGCUCUUAAAGACACAUUUCCUGCCACUGAUGGAUAAGCUAAAGAAAAAAGCAGCAGUGGUUGUAUCGGAUGAAGAACAUCUAAGAGCAGAAGGCAGAGGUGACAUGUCGGAGGCUGAACUGCUCAUCCUAGAUGAGUUCACCACUUUGGCACGGGACCUCUAUGCCUUCUACCCUUUGUUGAUUAGAUUUGUGGACUAUAACAGGGCAAAAUGGCUGAAAGAACCCAACCCUGAAGCAGAAGAAUUGUUCCGCAUGGUGGCUGAGGUCUUCAUUUAUUGGUCAAAGUCUCAUAAUUUCAAAAGGGAGGAGCAGAAUUUUGUGGUACAGAAUGAAAUCAACAACAUGUCUUUCCUUAUCAGUGACACGAAAUCUAAGAUGUCCAAGGCAGCAGUUUCUGACCAGGAGAGAAAGAAGAUGAAGCGGAAAGGUGACCGGUACUCUAUGCAGACUUCUCUGAUUGUGGCAGCACUGAAGAGGUUACUUCCCAUUGGCCUGAACAUUUGUGCUCCUGGCGACCAAGAGCUAAUUGCACUGGCGAAAAAUCGAUUCAGUAUGAAAGAUACUGAAGAUGAAGUACGAGAUAUCAUCCGCAGUAAUCUUCAUCUCCAGGGCAAGCUUGAGGAUCCUGCCAUUAGGUGGCAGAUGGCACUGUACAAAGAUUUACCAAACAGGACUGAAGAUUCCUCAGAUCCAGAGAAGACUGUGGAAAGAGUCCUUGAUAUAGCUAAUGUCCUGUUUCACCUGGAACAGAGAUCUGCUUGUGUAGGCCGAGGCUAUUUCUUUUGGGAAAACAUGGUUGAGCACCCUCAGAGGUCAAAAAAAGCCGUGUGGCAUAAGCUGCUGUCUAAACAGAGGAAAAGAGCAGUAGUUGCCUGCUUUAGAAUGGCACCAUUAUAUAAUCUGCCAAGGCACCGAGCCGUCAAUCUCUUUCUUCAAGGCUAUGAUAAAUCUUGGAUUGAAACAGAAGAACACUAUUUUGAAGACAAACUGAUAGAAGACUUAGCAAAACCUGGGGAAGAGCCACCAGAAGAAGAUGAAAGCCUUAAAAGAGUUGAUCCUUUACAUCAACUUAUUCUGCUAUUCAGUCGAACAGCCUUGACUGAAAAAUGCAAACUGGAAGAAGAUUUCCUUUAUAUGGCUUACGCUGAUAUUAUGGCAAAGAGCUGCCAUGAUGAAGAAGAUGAUGAUGGUGAAGAAGAAGUGAAGAGUUUUGAAGUGACAGGAUCACAACGCAGCAAG